AUGAUGGACCACCAUAACCACGGAGACAUGGACAUGGGCGAGUGCAGCAUGAACAUGCUGUUCACCUUCUCGACCAAGAACCUGUGCAUCGUCUUCCCGCAGUGGCGCGUCACCGGCCUGCUCUCGCUGCUGCUCUCGCUCGCGGCCGUCGUGCUGCUCGUCGCCGGCUACGAGGGCCUGCGAGACUUCACCCGGCAGUACGAGCUGGCGACACUGGGCCAGAGGGACCUACCAUCAACCCGGACAGGUAGAGGAUCCGCCGCGGAGAGGAAAGGGAAAGUCACCCGUGCCGCCCUGUAUGCCGCCCAGGUCUUUUACAGCUUCUUCAUCAUGCUCCUGUUCAUGACGUACAACGGCUGGGUCAUGCUGGCCGUGGCCGCGGGUGCGUUCAUUGGGCAUCUCAUGUUUGGAGAGUCGUCUGCGUCCAAGACGGUUUCGUGCCAUUAA